UCGGCGCAAACAUGGCGUCUUCCGCUUCUGCUCGGACUCCGGCCGGGAAGCGGGUGGUGAAUCAGGAGGAGCUGAGGCGGUUGAUGAAGGAGAAGCAGCGCCUGAGCACCAACCGGAAGAGAAUAGAAUCCCCGUUCGCCAAGUACAACCGUCUGGGGCAGUUGAGUUGCGCUCUUUGUAACACUCCGGUCAAGAGCGAGCUCCUGUGGCAGACCCAUGUUCUGGGAAAGCAGCACCGGGAGAGAGUAGCGGAGCUGAAAGGCGCCAAGGGAACAACUCAGGGCCCGUCCGCCAGCACAGCGCUUCAGCCCACCAAGAGGAGAGCGACGGAUGUGGAGAGCCAAGACGCCAAAAGAGGCAAGGUCUCCGUGGGGCCUCAGGUACAGCCCUCCACCUCGGUGUCGUCCGCCAACUUUGAGAAAUCGGGAAAGGAAGCUGCUAGGGCGACCCCCAGUAAACCUUCCGGACUCGGUUUACUCCCUGAUUAUGAAGAUGAGGAAGAGGAGGAGGAAGAAGAGGGAGGUGGAGAAGAAAGAAGGGACAGCAGCGAACAUCUUUCAGAUGCACAGGGCAGAGAAUAUUCGCUUACCUCUCCGAGGGAGACGACAAGCAAUGUGCUGCCAAACGAUCCCUUUGAUACAAAUCUUCCCAAGGCCCCCUUAGUUCCUCAUUCAGGGUCAAUUGAGAAGGCAGAAAUACAAGAAAAGGUGGUAGAAAGGAGAGAGAACACUGCCGAGGCCUUACCAGAAGGGUUCUUCGACGACCCUGAGGUCGAUGCAAAGGUCCGGAAGGUUGAUGCCCCAAAAGAUCAGAUGGACAAAGAGUGGGACGAGUUUCAAAAGGCUAUGAGGCAAGUCAACACUAUCUCCGAAGCUAUAGUUGCCGAAGAGGAUGAGGAGGGACGCUUGGACCGGCAGAUUGGAGAGAUUGAUGAGCAGAUAGAGUGCUACCGUCGGGUGGAAAAGCUGCGGAAUCGCCAGGAUGAAAUAAAAAACAAACUUAAAGAGGUUCUGACCAUAAAAGAAUUGCAGAAAAAAGAAGAGGAGAAUGUGGACAGUGACGACGAGGGAGAAUUACAGGAUUUGUUGUCUCAGGACUGGAGGGUAAAAGGGGCUUUGCUGUAAGGUGUUGAGGACCUGAGCUUUCCAUUGGUCCCCACUGCCCUGUAAACAGUGCUUUGUCCAAGUACUUUCAACCUUGGGUACCCUGAGUUGUUGGGAUAAUUUAACCUGUGAGCAGUAAUACUUAGAGAAGGUACUGCGGUGCUAUUUAUUGUAAAAUGUUUGAGGUAAAACUGUUUUUGACCUUUUUGAAAUUAUAACCACAAAUUGCCAGCUUUUUACGUUUACAGGCUUAAUGUUGAUUUUCAGUUGUAAAAUCUAAGUUGUAAAUACUAUAACUAAGUUGAGUCUAUAUUUACAUAUGUCACUCUGUUUUGAAACUUAUAAAUAUAUAUAUAUUUUCGAGCCUUAAACUCCAAUAGUUGGGGCUUUGGGAAGGUUGUUUUUGGAAGGCUUCUCAUAAACACAUAUUCUUCAUAAAGCAGUGAGAGAGUAUUCUGUUUUCAAAAAACAUACUUCAUGAGACCACUGAGAAAAACAUGCCACAAAUGUCCAACCCUCUUAAGCCAACAUUUCUUUGACAAGACCGGUGAUUGUCAUACUGUGAAAAAUUUGGAUUGUUGAUGGAAUGUCAAAUCACCUAUGCAACUGAGCCUGAGCCUUAACCUUAGAUUCCAUGAAUCAAAAUGGGAUCCAGAUGACAAUAUUUUUGAAUGUUUCCAGGUUAGCCUAAUAUGAGUCCAAGUUGGAGUUCUGUCCUAAGUCCAGAACCUAUUGAUAUCUUUUUCCAGGGUUUGUUUUCCUCUAAUAUGUUCUAUAAAUUUUGCUGUGUUCCCUGCUCUCACUCAAAACGUGGUAGGCACAGUAUUCAGGGCCAUGGGAAUGCUAGGCAAGUAUUCUGCCACCACUGAGCUGGUUUUCAAAUGAAAGAAAUACUGCCUUUCAUCUCUACGUCAUUGAGUCUGAAAUUUGAUUUUUUUUUUUCUUGUGGUAAAUUAAGCAUCUGUUUACAGUUUUUUCAAUGGCAGGAGGUUACUUAAGUUGCUAGGAAGGCAAUGACAUUUGCCUUAUAAUAGCUGUUGGUAGUUUAAAGUACUCCUCACUUUGGAGGAUGAACUGUUCAAAAAGGAAAAUAAACAGCAGUGUUUUAUAUACAGUGAGUUCAAAUUUAAUAAUAAUAAUAGCUAAAACAUACUGUUCUAAGUGUAGGCCAGACAGGAUUCUAAGUGUUUUACAUGUAUUAACCCAUUCUAGUCCAGAUUUUAUAGGGGAAAGCACCAAGAAAAAGUGUGAAAAGCCUUGAAAACUGAAUAUGGUGACUCGCACCUGACAUCCCAGCCUUUGGAAAGCCGAGGGCAAGGGAUGGAGUUCAGAAGCACCUGGAAUACAUAGUGAGAUCUUCUCUAAAAUAAAGGCGGGGGGGAAGCCUUUAAUUUUAAAGAAUUGUUUGUAUAGAUAGUGUGGAAAUAAAUGAAGGAUUUUUUGUUUUGUUUUUAA